AUGGAAGGCGCUCAUGCUGAAGAAACUGAGGCAGACGAACUCACCCAGCGGGCGAAGCCUGUAGGUCGCCCACGCCUUAACGAGAAUGGCGGACGUAAACCGCUUAAACGAAAGACCAGGGUUGGAAUCUGA